AUGCAAGAUGUGCAAUUACCACCACCUUCUAAUUCUCGUAAUGCAUUACUUUCCGACAUUCAAAAGGGAAGAAAGUUGAAAAAAACAGUUACAAAUGAUAGAUCGGCCCCGGUUAUAGACGCCAAGUCUUCUGCAAGUGGAUCAAGUGGGGAUUCGCGAGGUCGUCCUACAGGAAAUACUGGUGUCGCGAAUGUUUCUCUUGGUAUUGGUGGCCUUUUCGCUGGCGGUGUUCCAAAAUUAAAGAGUCGUAACGCUGUCGAUUCCAAUAGUAAAGACAAUGGUUUGGCGGUACCGCCACCCUUUCCUGGUGGACGCCCAAGAGCAUCAAGUGCCGGUAAUCGUACGUCGCCAGUUGUUCCAUCCCCUCCGGUUCCUGGCGUCCCAUCUUUACCAUCAAGGAACACACCGUCUAAGAAUUUAAGUAAAGUUGUUGCAGUUAAUUGCUCGAUCAAUACACCAAAUAGUGAUACUCCCGCGCCACCGUUACCGUCUCGCACACCUAAGGCAUCACCAUUACCACUUACUCCAGCUCGUACGACGACAACAUCAACAAAUGCACCUUCUCCACCACCAUUACCUUCUCGAAAUCGUGCUCGUUCACCAACGAUACCGGACAAAGAGAGACCUUCGUCCGCACCAAAUGGAGCAAAUGCACGCAGGGCUUUCAGUCCGCCAAAAUUUUCUACAAAGUCGGUGUCACAGGAACCACCGAGAAUAGAAGGUCGUUGGGAGUUUCACCCUUCAUCUCAGUUUCCACCUCCCGGUGAUUUCAAGCCUUCUAAAAAAAUAUAUCCAUCGGGUGCAUCCUCGGGAAGCUCGAUUCCACUUGAUUUGUCAGCGUUGACAGCACAAGGCACGCCGCAACAGUGA